AUGGGAAGAAAAGAAAAUAAAGGAAGAACAGCCGAGAUAAAGGAAGAACCCUUCAAAGUUCUAAUUAUCGCGGACACAUUUGAUACUCGUUUUCUUCCCGUCACUUCCGGUUCUUCUAUUAGUUGUUUAAGGAUAGCAGAUAUCGAAAUCCUACACUAUGUGUUGGAAUGGAUUAGUCGAACUGAACUUCGAGAUGUGGUAGUUGCUUUAUCGUCCCACUCUGAACGAGCUGUUCAGCAUAUCAUAAACUACUGGAGAGUACUAUUCGACUCAUUUAUUGUUGUAUUAUGUCAGAACUGUAUGAGUAUUGGUGAUGCGCUUCGUGAAGUUCAUAGUCGAUCUGUCAUAACGUCGGAUUUCCUGUUACUCGCAACUCCGAUGACUCUCGCCGCAACGGAUCUUAACACUCAACUCAGUUGCUUCAAGGAGAUAAGGAAGGAUAAGAAUAAUGUCAUGUUGGUGGUUUAUGGUGAGUGGAAAGAUGAGUGCCCUGUUAUCGCUUAUGAAAAGAAAAGCGGAAGACUUAUAUUCUACCACCAAAAAGACGAUGCUUCGAAACUUGAUAUAGACAAGUUAUCUAAUUCCGUUGUUUGCAAUAAUCUUCGAGACACUGGCAUAGCAUUUUGUUCAAUAAAUGUGUUGUUACAAUUUAGUGAUAACUUCGAUUUUCAAUAUAAAGAAGAUAUAAUUAGAGAAAUUCUAGUUAACGAAGAGAUUCUUGGUCAAAGAAUUUGCAUUUCUGUUCUUCCAAAGCAAAUUCCGGCGUUUUGUACUCAUGAUUACGCAGAUCUGUUGCUUAUGAAUAAGCUUAUUUUGGGGCGAUUUUUCUUCCCUCUUGUUCCUGAUAAUAUUUCUUAUUCAACUUAUAUUUGUCGACGAAAUAAUAUUUAUACUCCAUCGGAGAGUUUGCAGCAGAACUGUCAGACGAAAAGGAUUUUGCCAUUAGUUUUUGAUGGAACAAACGUUUUAUUGGGAAAAAAUUGUUCGAUCGGUUUGAAUGUAAUGCUAAAAAAUGUUUCAAUUGGUUCUGGUACAUCUAUCGGCAAUGGAUGUGAAAUUGUGGACUGCAUAAUCGGUAGAUGUGUUUCAAUUGGUGCAAAUACUCACUUGUCGGAAUGUUAUAUUGCAGAUGAUGUUACAAUAGGUAGCAACGUUGUACUUCUGAGAUGUGUCUUAUCGUCCAAGGUGAAGAUACCAGAUGGUAGAACAUUACCAUCAGGAAGCGUUAUUAGUACAGAAUUUUAUGAAGAUGAUGACGAACAGUUCGAAUGCAUUCCGUCGGAAUAUGGAUUCGAAUGGAGGAUGGAAAAUGGAGAUAGUUUUUGGCACACUACUUGUUCAAAUCUUCGACUACGUGACACAGCAGUGAUGUCCAAAGAUAUGGAUAAUUUGAAAGAGACAGAACAAGCCAACGAUGAGAAAGAAAUAGAUAGUGUUGAUCGAUUUUACGAAGAAGUUAAAGAAAGUAUGGACAGGAUAGCAGAACAAGAAGAAUGCGAUAACCAAUUGAUAAAGAAUCUGAUUUUAGAAAUUAACAGUUCAAAACUAGCGUACAAUAUAACAAUGGAGAACGUUGCACGCAACGUUUUCUUAUCUUUCCUUUCCUUGUCAGAUUCUUUUUCAGAGCUGCAGAAGCUUGCUAAAAAUUGGCAUUUAUUGUUCGUCAAUUACUACAAGCCAACAAAAAGCCAGAUUCAGGCGCUUAUUGCAGUUGAGGAACAUCUAGCAUCCAAACCAAAUUUUAAAGUAUUGGCUGCAAAAGUGGUACACUUUUUCUAUGAACAAGAUAUUUUUGAAGAAGAUGCAAUUCUGGAGUGGUAUGAUACUGUUCAUGAGAAUGCUCCUAUUAAAACUCUAGUUCGUCCAAUCAUCGAUUGGUUGCAACAAGCUACUGAAGAAUCUGACGAUUAG